ACUUUAAGAUGUUUUCUUCACGUGCUUCACUUAAAAGUAGUAAUUUAGCAAGCCUUUAUAAAAUACACACUACCACCGUGCACCGUCGAAUUGAGCAGCACUUGAAAGGGAUGGGUAAGGUAAAGUGUUUGGAGUGUCCUGAAGUGCGUGGGAAAAAAGGCAGACAAGUGGAAUUCCUCCCACCCUGAUGACGGUUGCUUAUCAGCUGACGAGUGCCGGCGAUGUGAAUGGGAUAUAAAAAAGGUCUAACGUUCUGGCAAAAUCGUUCCUUUACCCCAAAGCACAUCCAUCAAGAUGGUUCGUUGUUCAGUUGUGGUUUGUCUGGUUUUGGUUGCGCUGGUUGGGUCGGUACUGUCCGUACCAAUCUGGAACCGCAUCGUCGGUGGCCAGUUGGCGGAAGACACUCAAAUGCCGUACCAGAUUGCGCUCUUUUACAACGGUAUAUUCCGGUGCGGUGGUUCGAUUAUUGGCAAGCGUCUCGUCCUGACGGCGGCCCACUGCGUCAAGGAAGGUGAUAUCGUUCUUGAUGCCGAACAGUUUGCCGUUCACGCCGGGUCAGCACGCUUGAAUGCCGGAGGUCAUCUGUUCGAGGUCCAAGCGGUGUACCCGCACGAGCGCUACGGGUUCUUUCAGAACGAUAUCGCCGUGCUGAAGAUGAAAGAGUCGUUUCACUUUGACAAGUACAUCCAGCCGAUCGAGCUGAUGGAUGAGGAGGUUCCGCUUGGCAGCGAAGUGGUGAUUUCUGGAUACGGACGCGUAGGCAGUAACCAGCCUACCUCGGCCUCGCUGCUGUACACAUCGAUGUUUGUGGUGGACGAUGAAAACUGUCAUGGCGUCAGUCCGGGUCUGAUUUGCAUCGACAAGGAGGGUAGCUACGGUGCGUGCAAUGGAGAUUCUGGUGGUCCGGCCGUAUACGCUGGAAAGUUGGUCGGUGUGGCCAAUUUCAUCAUUGACUUCUGUGGUGGAGACCAUGCCGAUGGUUAUGCGAAAGUGUCGCACUAUCUUGACUGGAUUCAUCAAUUCUUGGAGUAAAGGGUCAAACGGUGAAUGAGAAAAUGGUACGAUUGACACAAGGGAGUUCGUUCGAGGUGGGAGGAAUAAAUUGUAACUUUGGUGAAGAA